CAUCUUUAUAUACAAAUAAAUUUCAAAAAUAACGAAGUUUGAUAGUCGGAAAGCACACACGAACUUGGUUUAUAUUGUUUCAGGCCAGCCGCUGUAGUCAUUGGUGAUAAGAAGUGAAGACAAUCUUCUUGUGGUGUUCCUCGAGCUUCAAUGGGUCUGUUUGAUAGCAUAGUGCCUUUCAAAGGCCAGGUGUACAAAGACUUGAAGAACAAAGCAAUCAAGACGGGGGUCCUUUUUACGGACCCUGAAUUCCCACCGAGCGGUUUGUCCAUAUACUUCAGUAAACCAGCUUAUGAAAUCGAAUGGAAACGACCAGGGGAGUUAGUAGAAAAGCCGAAGUUUUUUGAGGAUGGCGAGAGCUCUGACGAUUUAGCACAAGGGGAAAUUGGCGACUGCUGGUUCGUGGCGGCCUGCGCAUGCCUUGCAAAGGACUCCAAAUUGCGUGAAAAGAUAGUACCAGACUAUAAAGAGCAGGAAUGGGACGAAACAAAUAAGUACGCGGGAAUAUUCCACUUCAAGUUCUGGCGGUGCGGAACCUGGGUCGACGUUGUCAUUGACGACUAUCUCCCUACACGAAACAGACAACUAGUGUCUGUGCGUUCGAAAGCACCCAAUGAAUUCUGGUCAGCUCUACUUGAAAAGGCAUAUGCUAAGUUAGCUGGCUGUUAUGAAUCUCUUAAUGGAGGGAGCGUAAAAGAUGCCCUUGUAGAUAUGACAGGCGGCGUUGGAGAAUCGCUCAAGAUCGCGGAUUACACAACGCACGAACAGCGGAAAGAAUUGUUUCGCAUCCUCCAAACAUCCAAGGCGAAAAAUGCCUUAAUGAGUGCAGGAAUAGAUCAGGCCUCUGGGGAAGACAAGGAGGCUAAGAUGUCAUGUGGUCUGGUGAAAGGCCACGCUUACAGUGUCACCGCAGUGAAGGAAAUAAAGCUGGGCAAGGGACUAUUAGCAUUCUUUAAACGCGAAACGUUGGAGAUGGUUCGAUGUAGGAAUCCGUGGGGCGAAACAGAAUGGAACGGGGCAUGGAGUGAUGGAUCACAAGAGUGGAAAGAGGUUAGCGAAGGAAGGAAGAAGGAAAUAGGACUGACAUUUGAUGACAACGGAGAAUUUUGGAUGUCGUUCGAAGAUUUUUGCUGCCAUUUCACGUGGAUGGACAUAUGUCAUAUAUUCAACCUGUCGGUUUUCUCGAUGGAAAAAACGUGGAGGGAAGGAAAAGUCAAUGAGCAAUGGAGCGAGCCAAACCGAUGUGGAGGAUGUCAAAAUAACAACACAUUCCUACAAAAUCCUCAGUACAUUUUUGACAUUGUCAAAGAUGAGGACGAGGUGAUGAUAUCUCUUGAGCAGAAGGACAAACGUGUGGAAAAGGGCGCCAAUGAUUUCGCGAUAGGAUUCACGAUUUUAAGGACUGACUUAAACAGGGAGUACAGAAUCCAUGAUAUCCUCGAAGAGAUUUAUUCGGGUCCAUUUGAAAGUCUCAGAAGCGUAUUCCAUCGCGUCAAACUUUUUCGGGGGCGCUACUGUAUCAUUCCUUGCACGUUUUACCCACGACAUUGCGGGGAAUUUGUGCUUCGGAUGUAUGCAUCUAAAGAAUUACACUUGACAGAACUCUUGCACGAGGAUCCACAGCCUGGAAAUUGUCUUUGUAUCCAGAUGCGGAGAAAGCAGGUGUCGGCCACACAGAUCACGCUUGUGAGAGCUGAAGGUUUGGAGAAACAGGACAUGGGCGGGACUGCGGAUCCGUACUGUAUCGUCAAAUGUGAAGGUCAUUCCAUGAAAUGUCAUUACAAGGAGAAAACAGUUAAUCCAGAAUGGAAUGUAAGGCUGACGUUGUACAGGAAGAAGCCGAAUGAAGACAUUAAAGUAGAGGUGUGGAAUUACAACUGUGUUAAGGAUCAACUGAUGGGCAUAGCCACCGUACCCAUGAACACGCCGAGCAAUUACACGGGCCAAGUUGGCGAGCACAAGCUUUAUGUGAAGGGGAAGAAGGGACCUGUCAGUAAGCCUGGGACACUCUGGCUUAAGGUGUUACAUUCCGGUGAUAUGGCAGCAGUGUAGGAGUACCGUUUCGUGUAUCGUCGAACAUCUACUUGCGAUAACCUUUUAUUUUUUUAUUCAAUAUAAGACAUACAAUGUAUACAUGUAUAUGAUCAUCAAACAAAGUGAUACAAUGUAGCAGCAAUAAUGUUCAGACAUGUUAUACAAGAUAUGCUAGUAUAUAUACUUUUUGACCUUGUGGUUUCAUUUAGAUUUAAAAAAAAGGUUAAUAUGUAUCUUUUUGAUGUUUGUGAUAGGUGUUUUUUUUUAAAGAGAAAACAAAACCAACAGAAUAGUAAUUAAUAAGGAUGAGUUGCAUAAAGAGGGUAGAAAGCAUACUGGACUUGUUUAUGAAAGUUUAAUGUGUUUCUAGUUUUGUUCAAAUAUAUGAAGUGUGUCAUUGUUUAGGGCUAUUUCUUUUUCAAUUUGAAUCAUCAGUUUUAAAUAAUUGAUAAAACAGUUCAUUGUGGGUAUUUGUUUUCUUUAUUUCAUGCUGAAUAUAAAAUAUUUCAUUUAUAUAAUUAUGUAAUUCACGACGUUAUUAACCUGUUGUAUUUUGAAGGUAUUUACCCCUAAACUGAUGUAUAAGAGAGAUAAUUUAACAUUUAGUUGUUGUUUCUCUAGAAAGGUUGUCAACUGAUUCCAUAGAGAUUGAAUAAGUUUACACUCCCAGAAAAGAUGUUCUGUUGUUUCAAUAUGUUCACUACACAUAUCACAUAGAUUUGUGUUGGAAAGGUUGCACUUAAAAAGAUAUUUAUUUGUAGCUGUGAUUCUCUGUAUGUAUUUAUAUUGAACAUUUCUUAGUGUGCUAUCAAUAGUUGAUUUAUAUGGCAUGACAAAUAUUUGUUUCCAAUUAAAUUAUUUUUCUCCAAACAGGUUUUGCCAUUUAGUUUGAGCUUUAUAGGGGUAUUCCACUACGACCCGAUUCCCCACGAUUUGUCCCGAUUUCCAAUAUUUUGAAGUCGGGGACAUUCCUUGCUCAAUCGGCGAAGAUCCUAACUCAUUCGUAGCUAGUCGAGGGCCGGUCGUAAGUGAUUCCUGCAACUCGUUAGCUCCCGAAAAAUCGUGGCCAGAUUUUAAACGUGUUUAAAAUUUGGUCAGGACCUCCAAGACUGAAUUAAAUCGCAGUUGACUCGUAACAGCGUCGUAGUGCGUUCUUGGGCGUCGUAAUGAAAUCGUAGGUUAUUCGUGACUCAAUCGGGAAAUCGGUGAUCACGUGAUCUGUCUACGAAUCCGCUACGACUUUGUCAAGACUCUCACGAGUUCUCCCCGAUUGAGUUGCUAGCCCGCUAAGAUUCUCGCGAUUUAGUUACGAAACAGUUACGAUUUUCGGAGAAUGGGUGUGGUAUAUAAACAGAGCUUCUCGUUUUUACAGUCAUUCAGUCGUUAGGGAUUUGUAUGAAUAACAGUUAAUUUGUUAAUAAUCAAAAAUGGCAAGGAAAGGAAAGGGCAGGGGGGAGAUAAGUACGAAUACAAUCGAAGAAGAUUUUGAUUUUGCCCAAAAAAGGAACGGAGGCCUUCUUACAAAUGCACAUGUGCACAGAAGAAUGUAGGUCACAUUGAAAAGAAUUAUCAAUAUCAAUAUAUAUUGGCGCCGAAUUCAUGGGUGCGUUCGGUGAGGUCUUAGCUUAGUCGUGACCGAUCUGCAUCGUUCGUAGUACAGUCGCAGUAGAUUCUUACACAUCGUAGUGAAGUCGCGACCCUAUUCGCAAGACUUCAACCGAACCCCACGAUUCGUCGUAACUCAAUCGUACCAGUGUCGUAACUGAAUCGUAAACUGUCACGAAUCUUCCCGAUUCAAUAAAUGUGAUAAAUCGUAGCGAAUCGUGGGCUUGUUUUCGUAGUGGAAUAUGGCCAUUAGAGAUUUCGGCAGGGUUUUUAAUUUGAAGUGUGUAAAAUAUUUUGUUCUUCGUUUUGUUUUGUUUUGCCGUUAUGUUUUCUACGAAUAUUUUUUGAGUACAUGGUGUGUUAUUUGUAUUGGUAACAGCUUUAAUAUGUAUGGGUAUACUUUUGAUCAAUGUGUAGUACAUCAGGAAAUUACUUGUUGGUAUUCCGAAUAUGAGGCAUAGGUUAUCAAAAGAAUAGAAGUAGUUUAUUCUGUAGUCGUAUAACUGAUCUACAUAUUUUAUGUUUUUUUCGAACCAAUGUUUAUAGAACAAGAGAUGUGGUCGUCAGAAACACAAUGCCCCCUACUGCGCCGCUUUGAAAUAAAAUUUCUAUUUAUCAUUUGGCAGGUAUAGAAAUCAUCUUCCCCAUAAAUGUAUUUUUUUACAUUUGUAUGCUUUGAACAUUCAAUUAUGUUUAUGACUGUAAAUGUUCUUGUACCUAAAUGUUUUCUUUUUUUACAUUUGAAUGUGUUGAACAUUCAAUGAUGUUUAUGACUGUGAAUGCCAUUGUGCCUAAAUGUUUUAUUUUACAUAUGGAUAAAUUUGCUAUGCAAGUAAGAUAAGAACACUGCAGAGUGAUUACAAAAAUAUUAUUACAAUUGUAAGUAUCACUCUACACCUCAUUGUAAAUUCAUAUACUAACAUAUACUAACAAUGCUCUUGUUAAACAUUGUUCUUAAAUUGUAUGUCUUACCCACUGUUUGUUCUCUAUAUUGUUUGCUAUAAACAUUGUAUAUGUUUUAUGCAAUACAGAAUAUGGUAUGGUAAA